GCCGGUGGAGCGGAAAUCAUGGAGCCAGGCAGUGUCGCGGGACUGGCAAGCUUUGUCGAAAGCGCCACCGGCUGUUCGGGCCGAUCCCCGUCUUGGUCUGGCCGCGGUGAGGCAAGACUGGCGGGCCUUCCAGUUUACAUAUCAGAACCUCCGACAAGACAAGGAGUUUGUUUUGGAGGUCUUGAAGAGUUCUGGCUUGGCACUACAGUUUGCAUGUGAAGCUCUACGAUGCGACCGCGAGGUGGUGUUGGAAGCUGUCCGCCAGGACGGCUGUGCUCUUCGGCAUGCUUUCUUUCAGUCCUUCAGAGAAGACUUCGACGUCGUCAAGGAGGCGAUCGCCAACGACUGGAGGGCCUACAAGUAUGCUUCGGGGGAGUUGAAAAGGAACAAAGACUUAGCGCUGUUCGCCAUCGAGCAGAGUUGGCAAGUGAUACAAUUCAUAGAUGAGGAGCUCCAUGACGACCUUGACGUCAUGAGUGCUGCUGUGACACAAAAGGGUGAGGCACUUCGCUAUGGAAGCGAUCGACUACGAAUCCACCCUGCCCUUGUCAGCCAAGCGGCCAAUGAUGGCUAUGAGGUUGUUACGGAAGGCAACGACGUAGCGCUGCAGCUGAGAACGCAUGGUAUCACUUGGGCACCGCGGCCUGUUCGAUGA